GUCGAGUAGCGAGUGGUGUGAGGCAAGCUACCAUCUUCUACAUCGUUUAACGUUUGCCGACAUUACUGUGUAGUGUUUCUCCAUAAAGCCAGUCGAAAAGGACGUUCAAGAAGAAGUCCAUAGGCAAGAAGCGAACCGACAGCACCACGAGGCCGUGCAAAGGCAUCAUCAACAAGAGGAAUACAGGCAGCACCAGGAAGCCAUACAACAGCACCGUCAAGCCAUAGCGGAAGCGCAGGCGCGACAGCACCAGCUGCAACAGCAAACCCACCAGUUACAGCUUCAGCUGCAAAACAAUCACCUUCAGGUGUUACAGCAACACCAGCAGAUCGCCCAAUCGAAAGGCAGAAUGCCGAAAAAAGCCGACGGUAAGCCCAGGGGGCGCAUGACCGCCUACGCGUUCUUCGUCCAGACCUGCAGGGAGGAACACAAGAAGAAGCAUCCGGAAGAGAACGUCGUGUUCGCCGAAUUCUCCAAGAAGUGCGCCGAAAGGUGGAAGACAAUGUUGGACAAGGAAAAGAAACGUUUCCACGAGAUGGCCGAGGGCGACAAGAAACGUUACGACACCGAAAUGCAAAGCUACACGCCGCCCAAGGGCGAAAAGCAGCGCGGCAAAAAGAGGAAACAGAUCAAGGACCCGAACGCGCCGAAGCGCUCCCUGUCGGCCUUUUUCUGGUUCAGCAACGACGAGCGCGGUAAAGUCAAGGCCCAGAACCCCGAGUACGGAGUCGGCGACAUCGCCAAAGAAUUGGGCAGAAGGUGGGCGGAUGCCGAUCCGGAAAUGCGCGGCAAAUUCGAAGCUUUGGCUGACAAGGACAAGGCCAGAUAUGAAAAGGAAAUGACGGCAUACAAAAAAAAGACGAACCCUGCCCUGCAGGCGCAGGCGCCGCCAAUGCCAGUACCUGAAGAAGAUCCGGAAGAUGAUGACGAGGUAGACGACGAGGAUGACGAUUAAACCGGCUGGCGAUAAAAUUUGCACCGGGCGCCCUCUGUGUGUGUGUUUGUUGCCGUCUUCGUUCUCUCAGGUUUUUGUUUCAUUUCAAAUACAUAAUUUCAAAAAAUGUAAAACCGGGGGCUGGAGUCGAUUCCACCAUAUUUUUUUUUUUCGUUUUUAAUUCAAAUUGAUUGCAGCCCCUUUCAUUUAUUUUGUAAAUAGUUAAACUAGUAAUUAUUAAUCUUAAUUAGUUUUUUUCAUUUUAUUUUUUAAUAAUCGUUGGUUAGCUGUUCAGUGGAUUUGUUGCGCAAAUGGUAGAAAACAGGUUUUUUUUUCUAGAACAAAUUGAAUAAUGGCCAUGUAAGCAAUAAUUGGAAAUUGGAAGAUGUAAAACAUUCUACAACGGAUAAUAAUAUUUCAUGUUUCAUAACAAUAAAGCAUUUUUUGAUUUGAUUUGAUUUAUAAUAAUAAUGCAGCUAAAUAAGUACUUGUGCAAUUCUGCUGUUCUAGUAAGUACUAUUCUCGUAUUUGUAUAAAUGCCAAGAAGUUUUUUUUUGCCAUUUGUCGCACAUAACUGACUGAAGCGAGAAAAAAAAAAAAAGAAAAAGAAAAGUGUGUUGUGGCGUAAUUUUAUUAUUAUUACUACUGUACAGUAUGUGUAUUAGUUUUCUUUUCCCACCUAUAAAAUUGCCAAAUAAUUGAUUACAAUAAUACAAGUGGCUUGAAGCCAUCAAGAGUACAAAAUUGCCCCCCAGAAAAAUUUUCAUUCAGAACAAUUAUUUGGUAUUUUUUUUCUUGGUGAGCCAAUUUUCACAUUUUUUUUUUUUUUUUUGGAUGAAGUAGGUUCUUUGAAUUUGCAAACAACUGAAGUGGAGUAAAUCGUCACACUUUACAUCAAAUUCGUUUGCCUAUUUUGCAUUAUUUAAUUUAAUUUAAAUUAUUCCCUAGAACAUUUUUUACCUCCUUAUUAAUUUAUUGAUUAGACAAUACAAAUGAUUUAGAUAAGGGUGUAUUUUUGAAAAAAGCAGGCUUUUUGGGAGGGGGCUUAAAAAAAACAUGCAAAAGUAACGGUUGAUAACGGAAAUUUAUUUCAUAAUGGAAAGACUUUUGUUGAAAUGUACUGUAAUAUGUUGUCGCUCCUGUUUAAGGUAGGGCCACGUUUUAUUUUUUUUUUUAAAUAGUUUUUAUUUUUUUCAACUAUGUAUUUAAAUACCUGUAGAAGCAAAAUGUUUUCUUUUUUAUAUAAUGUAAUAAUAAUGUCUAGGGAGAAUAAUGAUAUAAAAUAAUAAAAAAAGUUUUCGACAAAAGUUAUU